AUGAAUAUCUUCAAGCGCUGGAUCACACUCAAGAUCCACGCGCGCUUCGACCGCAGCCUCUACAACAGCAACCGCGACCGCGCGCAGCUGGCGGCGCUGGUCCACGAGAUGAACUCGUGGAACAAGCGCCUCGAGGACGAGGACUACGCCAACAUCCUCGACCUGUGCGGCAAGCUCCGCGCGCUCCAGGAGGGCCAGGACGUCCACGCCCACAUCCAUCUCAAUCGCCUCGAGCGCAACCGCGUCCCCGGGAUCAAGCUCACGCAGAUGUAUGGCAAAUGCGGCCGCCCGGACGAGGCGCGCCGCGCCUUCGCGGAGAUCCUCUCCAAGGAGAUCAUCGCGUGGACGAGCGUGGUCGAGGCGCACGCCAAGAACUCCCAGCACAAGACCGCGCGCGAGCUCUUCCUCAAGAUGAAGCUCGUGCCCAUCUUCCCCGACGAGGGCGCCUACCUCGCGGUUCUUCGCGCUUGCGUCGGCCCCGCCGCGCUCAAGGAGGGCAAGGCCAUCCACGCCGCGAUCGUGCGCAGCGCGCUGGAGAAGCGACCCAGCGUCGCGGCCGCGCUCAUCAACAUGUACGCCAAGUGCGAGAGCCUCGCCGAUUCCAGCGCCUGCUUCGCCAAGGUGGAGCGCCAGGGAUUCGUGCCGCCGUGGAUCGCGAUGAUCGCAGCAAAUGCCGAGUUUGGGCAUUUGCGGGAGGCCGCGGUGCUGUUCCAGAGGCUGCUGCUCGAGGGGAUCCUGGUGCUGAGCAAGAACGAAUUCACGGAGCUCAUGGAUCGCUACGAGUGCCCGGCCGAUCUGGAGCAAGCCCGCGUCGUCCAGACGAUCGUGGUGAUGGCCAAUCUCGAGGACAACAGCUUCCUCCAGGUCCAGCUCAUGGCGAUGUUCUCGCGCUGCGGCGAUCUCAAGGCCGCGAGGGCGAUCUUCGAUGGCGCUGGCGAGGAGAACCACAACGUGAACAUGUACCGCGCGCUCAUCGAGGCCUACGUCGCGGCGUUCGCGUUCAAGGACGCGAUCCUUGUCUUCCGUGAGAUGUUGCGCAAGAACGUCACCCCCGAUCGGUGCAUCUACCUCGCGGCGCUGGCGGCGUGCACGGGAUUCGAGGACUGCAAGAUCGUCCACUCGACGAUGCGCAGUCAUGGCGUGCGCAGCGACGAGAUCUACAAGUCCUACCUGAUACGAAACUAUCGGAGGUGUCCGGAGGUGGACGACGCCGAGAGGAUGUUCGCGGAGAUCGAGGGGCUGGAUCUCGAGGACGCGGACGUGAGGAAGAAGUGCCGGGACGAGACGGAAUGGGUGAAGCUCACCACUGGGGACUACACUCGCGUCAAUCACCGCGUCGCGAAGCCGUUUAGCUCGAUCGAGAAGGGGCUGCGAUCGUGA